GAAGUGGAUGUGGUGGUAGCACCGUGCCGUGGGUUCCAGCCUGCCGAAGCCACCCUGGGAGAGUACGUGAACCACGUCCUGCCCGUGCUCGUCUUCGCCGUCAGCGAGGCGGAACUUUCCCCGUCGGACGAGAACGAACUGCGCGAAAUCAAAGAGAAAUUUUCCCUGCCCGUUUUCUUCUUCAAAGUGCCAGAGUCGGGGGCCGAGCUGAUCUCCCACAAAAAAACUGAUGCUGAAAAGUCCUCUCUUCACUGCCAGCUGCUGGACUUGGAGUACCUGAGCAGCCAGCACUGCAGCUGCGGCGCGCCGGGGCCGGACGCCGGCGCCCAGAGCAUGUUGGUGGAGCAGCCCGAGAAGCUCCGUCUGCUGAGCACCUUCUCCAGGCAGGUCCUGCAGAAGCACCUGGUGGAGGCGGCCACCAGGCUGAACGAGGUGCACUGCCGCUGCCUCAACAUCUUCAUCAACCAGGCGUUCGACAUGCAGCGGGACCUGCAGAUCACCCCCAAGCGGCUGGAGUACACCCGCAGGAAGGAGAACGAGCUCUACGAGUCCCUCAUGAACAUCGCCAACCGCAAGCAAGAGGAGAUGAAGGACAUGAUCGUAGAGACUCUGAAUAAUAUGAAAGAGGAGCUCUUGGAAGAUGCUGCUACUAUGGAAUUCAAAGACAUCAUAAUUCCUGAGAACGGGGAACCUGUUAGCUCCAAGGACAUAAAGUGCUGUAUUAAGCAAAUCCAGGAACUGAUUAUUUCUCGAUUAAAUCAAGCAGUUGCCAACAAGUUAAUUAGCUCAGUGGACUAUCUGCGAGAGAGCUUUGUAGGGACGCUGGAGAGGUGUCUGAAGAGCCUGGAGGAGUCUUGGGACGUUUCCGUGCACACCGCAAGGAGCUUGGAGAAGGCCAAGGAUGCCUCCGUGCACAUCACAAGCAAUUAUCUCAAACAGAUACUCAAUGCAGCCUAUCAUGUUGAAGUCACUUUUCACUCUGGCUCGACAGUAACCAGGAUGCUGUGGGAACAGAUCAAACAGAUAAUCCAGCGGAUUACGUGGGUCAGCCCACCUGCCAUCACCAGUGACUGGAAGAGGAAAGUUGCUCAGGAUGCUAUUGAGAGCCUCAGUGCAUCCAAGUUGGCCAAGAGCAUUUGCAGCCAAUUCCGGACCAGGCUAAACAGUUCCCAUGAGGCUUUUGCUGCUUCUCUAAGACAGUUAGAAGAUGGCCAUUCUGGCAGGCUGGAGAAAACAGAAGACCUGUGGCUGAAGGUGCGGAAGGACCACGCGCCUCGGCUGGCGCGUCUCUCUCUGGAGAGCAGGUCCCUCCAAGACGUGCUCUUGUACGGCAAGCCCAAGCUGGGCCGCGAGCUGGGCCGAGGACAGUACGGCGUGGUCUAUCUGUGUGACAGCUGGGGAGGGCAUUUCCCAUGUGCACUGAAAUCUGUUGUUCCUCCAGAUGAGAAACACUGGAACGACCUUGCACUUGAGUUUCACUAUAUGAGGUCUCUACAGACGCACGAGCGGUUGGUACAUCUCCAUGGUUCUGUAAUAGAUUAUGGCUAUGGAGGAGGUUCCAGCAUUGCUGUCCUCUUGAUAAUGGAACGGCUGCACAGAGACCUCUAUACAGGACUAAAGGCUGGGCUAGAAUUAGAAACACGAUUACAGAUCGCCUUGGAUGUGGUUGAAGGAAUCCGUUAUCUUCACAGUCAGGGACUUGUGCACCGGGAUAUCAAACUUAAAAAUGUCUUGCUUGACAAAAAGAAUCGAGGCAAAAUCACUGACCUGGGGUUCUGUAAACCAGAAGCGAUGAUGUCUGGCAGCAUUGUGGGCACCCCCAUUCACAUGGCUCCCGAGCUCUUUACAGGAAAGUAUGAUAACUCAGUGGAUGUUUAUGCAUUUGGGAUUCUGUUUUGGUACAUUUGUUCGGGCCAUGUGAAGUUACCAGAAGCGUUUGAGAGAUGUGCAAGCAAGGACCACCUUUGGAACAAUGUUAGAAGAGGAGUUCGCCCAGAGCGUCUUCCAGUGUUUGAUGAGGAAUGCUGGCAGCUGAUGGAAGCUUGUUGGGAUGGGGACUCCUCCCAGCGCCCGCUCCUGGGAAUUGUUCAGCCUAUGCUGCAGGGGAUCAUGGACAGGCUCUGCAAGGCCAGCUCCGAGCACCCAAAUAAAGGCUUGGAUGACUCUACUUGAAAAGGAAGCACAGAAGAAUUUUUAACGGAGAGAAUUCGGAACCCCUAACUCUGCAGAUGGCUUCUUCAGAUGUAGCUCUUGGUGGCUAACGUGAGUGGGACAGGUAAUAGCAGCCCAAAGAUUGCUCAGAGGUGAGACCCUGGGGACGUUGCAUCUUGAAUAGCGGACAGAGAAAUCUCCCUGGAAUACCCCAUUGAUGCUAGUUUCCCUGCUGCAGCUUCGAUUAGAGGUGAGCAAAUAAGAUAGAAACUCCAUGCCCUUGGACUGAAAGGGAUUUUUUUUUGCCAAUCCCGCAUAAAACUCCAGUGAGACAAAAGCAUCUUGUGUUUCAGGUAGCACCCGAGUUGCUAGGAGUUGAUCCA